AUGGCACACUGUCAACCCUGCGACCGAUACUUUUGCUAUGAGUCGUCUCUCGAUCAGCACCUAAAGGCCAAGCAUUCCCACACGUACUGCUUUCGCUGCGAAAGACAUUUCGUUCAUGAGUUUGCCAAAAGACAGCAUAUUGCCAACUCUUCACAGCACCACGUCUGCACUCACUGUCAUUCUGAGCCGGACUACGAAUCGGAAAGCGGCCUGGACAAACACCUGGAGAGAUGUCAUCACGCGUGCCUUACUUGCGACGAGAUCUUCGAUGAAGACGAUCUGAUCCAGCAUGACGUGGAUCACCACUUUGGAUGCAAGUUCUGCGCCCGAACCUUCAACUCCCGCUCAAAUCUCAUGAACCACCUCAAGGUCCAUGCACGAAAGGAGAUUGAGUGCCUAGGCUGUACCAGGAUGUUUAUAUCAUAUUCCGCCAUGAUGCUACACUUGGAGGCAGAUACCUGCGAAUCCGGCGCGAAUCUGCAUGUUGUCAGAAACCUGAUAGCCGAAUACCAUGAUUUGCACUGGUACAACCCCCCAGAUUACGAAGAUGAUCUCGAGUGCAAUACUUGCGAUCGCCAGUUCCAGUACAUGAGCGCCCUCCUACAGCAUGUCGAAAGCGAGACCUGUGACGCAAGCAUCGCAGGCCAUACGGAGGUCCUUGAUUACAUAGAAAAAAAUUUGUGA